AUGCGUGGCUUAGCAUGGCAGCUGCUAGCGCUGUUUUGCACAUUGGCGACAGGUCUUAUCUUGAGUCCAACAGGGUCGGACGAGUAUGCGGACGCCAAUAACACUGUCAUAAUCUCUCUAUCCCAAGAAAUGUUCGUUGACUUGCCCAACAGAAUAAUCCUUCAUUCGGAGAAACCUAUUUUUAAAGUCAUCCCAAGCCUUGGACUGACAACUUUCGAUUGGCCGAUUGGCGGUCACUCUGUGGCUGACAAUAGAUACACCUACGAUUUGAAGUACUGCAUUCCAAUUGAACUGGAACCAGGGAGAUACUUCAAACUUAAGAUUACUUACCUAUACUGUUCAUCCAAAAGCAGUAGCCAACUGAUGGAAAAGCGCUUUGAUAAAACUGUUCGAAUGGUACAGAGGUUCAUUGUGAUUAUGGGAGAGACGGAUAAACCACACUAUCGGCCUGAACGUGACAGACGUCUACAAGCGCCUCAAUUUGACUCCAUUGUGGUGAGAGAUCCCCUCAACAAUAUCGUGCGUCAGUGGAAGAAUGUCCAACCAUUAGACGCUCUCGGUCUAGAGCACAAGGUCAUGACUGAUGCAGAGGAGGGCGAGUGGCAGAUAGAAGUGCGUGUGAGGGAUUAUACCGAGGUAAUAUACUUCAUCGUGGAGCACUGCAGCCUGCCACGAUUCCUGGCACACGUGGAGCUCCCGACGACUAUUCCCCUGAUGAAGUCAGAUGUGGCGUUCAAUGUCUGCGCUACCUACACCAACGGCCCAUUCCUACGUGAUACAUUUGCUGCACAAAUAUGCAUUUGUGAUGAGAGUGCUCUGGAGCGUCAGCAGAAAGAAAAGAAGGUGUUUGCGAUGAAUAAGUGUGCCAGCAACUACUAUUCAGGGAAUCGGACUUGCAUGCUAAUCAACGCCAUCUUAGACGGUGUCAGUUGCGUGAACAUCAUUGCUAACAUGUCGCAGCUGAUGCAAGGCGAAGCAGUAAAAUGGAACGAAAGAUUAGGCUUUUUUGUGAAUGUCGUGGAAGAAGACACAGGCUUCUCCGUCUUCACUUCUGGUGUCGCCAAAGUCAGUGUGAUGAAUACGAGCAGUGUCACCUGUCCCGGCAGCGUGAAGUUGCAAGUGAUAGCAAAUAAGGCACUGCCACACAACACAGCUCUGACACUGCAGUUUCUCUCCCGUGGUCAACUCACGACACGAACCAUGAAGCUGGAGGCAGACUAUGCGUGUGUGCCACAGGACAAUGAAUUCGGUCAUUACGAGUGUAGUGAUGGGGACAGAAUCCGUUGUCUUGAAGGGUGGAAGGGCGACAAUUGUCUGACACCUGUUUGCGGCGACAAUGGAUGUGGAAUGGGUGGUACAUGCGUGGCACCAUGCCACUGUGCAUGCAAGCCAGGCAACCUUAAAUUAGAUGGAGCUUUUGGACCCGCGUUACGCGAUGUGACAUACGUCUAUAAUGAUGGUCAAAUGGCUUCAGACUUCGUGAAAAUUGGUGGCCUUCUAGCCUGCUCCUCACUGGCGAUGGCUGCGACUGAGCAAGGAGGAGGUUUGCAGUUCGACAAGCAACUAGUUGUUCCUGAAGAGAAGGUUAACCUCUCCGUGACAGCUUCAACCGAAAAUGAGGACAAGGUGGUCAUCGCAAAUACAUGUCUACUGGGUGUAAUAGAUGCCUCUUCCAUGUAUUUUGACUCUGCAAGUUAUAGCAUAAUCGACUUUGAUGCGUAUGCUGGUCUGUUAACAAGCAACCAGGUAUACAAACGUGAUGACGCGAUUAAGGCCAUGCUGACCAAUGCGAGACUCAACAAGUCGCUCACCGUACCCGACACACUCACUGCAUGGGAGGCUAACGCGGUAUGCUUCACGACAGACAGGGGCCUGUGGAUGCCAGUGAAGAAGCCCCAACUGACAGUUAGGAUGCCCUUCUUUGUGGAAUUCGCACCACCCUUGAUGGCUCGACGAGGAGAGUUGCUACACCUACCAAUCAGUGUGUUUGUGUACCCCGAAACCGCUACUACGCCCACGACAACGAACACUUCGAAGGGUUUGGGUGGUGAUGGUGGCGGUACCGUUACCCCACGUACCUGCUACGAGGUAGAGGUGAGUGUGGAGACGGAUUUGCAAGACUGGCGAGUGGUUGGUAUCGCCUCCUUCACUACCUGCAUCUGUGCGGGUGACCUAAAGGAGACAUUCCAUUUACCUCUUCGUCCACUACGAGUUGGACAUCUCAAUGUCACCGCCAAGGCUGUUGCUAAACGUGGCAGCUUGAUUUGUGGUGACGACGAUGAUGACUUUGGUGGCAGAGGUCAAGCAUCUAAGGUUGUAGCAAUAGGCGAUGCGGUUCGACGUUCGGUGCGAGUGAUUGCCGAGGGAGUUGAAAAGCAGGUCACCCUUGGCGGCAUCUUCUGCUCAUCUAAAGCACUGGGCGAUGCAAAGGCCAAGUUUACACUCCGAGUAAGCAGAAUUGCUAACAUCCCCCUUCAGAUGUUUGAGCUGCCCUCUCUAGGGCAAUACGCAAGAAAUAGUUAA